AUUUCAUUCCCUCUAAAAAGCACUCCAUCACUUCCUCAGACCUUUUGGAGGUUAGAUAACUGACUCAAAGGAAUGCGCAGAUAAAUCUUCGGGGGCUCAAGAUGAGUUUGUAUGAGUUCGUUCACACGAAAAUCGUUCCUCCCUUGUUCCUGGUCGUUUUUACCUUGGCCAGUCAGCUCCUCACCCUUACCGGGAGGGGCGAACCUCUGACCCUCGCUUCGGUCGCGAAACACAGCCUUGGCAACGCGCAAGCAUGGACCAUUUUAUUCAUGUACGUCCUCUGGGUUCUGUUGUCUUUGAAGAUACCUUCCAGUACGGUCACCGGGCCAGCCUUGCCUUCGGGCUUUGAACCUCAAUUCAAGGCGAACGGGAUCCUGUUCUUCUGGUCGACGCUGGCCCUGUUCGGCGGGGUGUUCCUGUCGCGGCCGGACUGGGCGCUGGCCAUCCACGGUCUGAUCCCGGAGCUGUUCGGGGCGAUCAACAUCACGGCGUUCCUGCUCUGCCUCUGGCUCCUCGUCAAGGGGAAGCUCUUCCCGGAGGAGGCGGCUGAGGACGGGGCCGACACCGCCGGGAGCCUCCUCUUCGACUUCUACCGCGGCGUCGAGCUCCACCCGACCUUCCUCGGGGUCAGCGUCAAGCAGCUUGUCAUCUGCCGCUUCGGGGUCAUGGGCUGGAUGCUCCUCUCGCUCGUCUACUUCGUUGCCGCCAUCCAGCUUCGCGGUUUCAGCUACCCCUUCUUCGUCUCCGCCCUUGUUCAGUUGGUGUACACGCUGAAAUUUUUCCUCUACGAAAGUGCAGGAUACUUUGAUUCUAUUGACAUAGCUUUUGACCGAGCUGGCUACUACUUGAUAUGGGGAUCCAUGGUCUGGAUGCCUGGUUUCUACGGACUUCACGCCUACAACUUCGUAUCAAAUCCACCAAUAACUUCACCUUUUCUCUCCUUGUUUUACCUCAUACUAGGGAUCGGAGCAAUUGUUCUGGAAUACAGGAUCGAUUACGAGAAGUAUCUUGUUCGCAGCUCCACAAGUCCAACCAUCAUGAUGUACGGAAAGCCAGCUGAAGUUAUACAUGCCGAGUACACAGACCAAAAUGGAAAGAAGCGAACUUCAAGACUUGUGGCCUCAGGAUUCUGGGGUCUAGCGAGGCAUUUAAAUUAUGUUUUUGAAGUGAUCAUUUACGUCAGCAUCACAGCUCCUGGUUUUAGUUCUGGACUGAUUCCUUUUCUACUUCCAAGUUUCAUGAUCAUUCUGUUACUGCACAGGCUCUACCGUGAUGAGCAGAAGUGCAAAAAGAAGUACGGCAAGUAUUGGGAAUUGUAUUGCAGCAAGGUUCCCUACAGGCUGAUCCCAUGGAUUUAUUGACACUGGUUUGUGUUGAAACUUGGACCCUUUGUGAGCGGGAUAUGACCAACAGCGUGGAUUAGAAUAUUUUUGUGCAGGUAUCUUGGUUUAUUCAGGAUGUCUAUUUUCUGACUGUGUCAAGAUUGUGUCUAGAUAUCGAUGACCAAAGUGCGAAACCAUGUAUCUCCGUUUGCAACGUUGCAGACUUCUUGUCAUAUUUAAUUUUUUUUUUUUUUUUUUUUUUUUUUUUCUGGAAAACUAGUCAAUGUGAUUUCUUAAAAAUUUGCUCGAUUUUUCUUCCAUGUUAGCAGAAUAUUCUGUAAAAAAAUGUGAAUUUCUGUAAAUAUCUAACUAUAAAAUCGGUUCGUUUCUCUUCGAAAAAAUAAAAUAGGAGCAGACAUUUUGAAACACUGCAAUGAAGAUAUGUGGCUUCGCACUUAAGCCAUCAAUAUUUACUGUCCCCUCAUAAUUGUUGGAUAGAAGGACAAUGAGAUUAAAGAUGGAGAAACUGUUCUUGCCAAGAUUAUUGUUUUUUGUGUUGGUCGGAUACCCAUUAAAAUCUAAAGGAACUUGGAAGCGGCCAUUCAAUUCUGUCUGCAAAACCCCUCUGUUCAGCAGUUCUAACUAUAAUUCUAAGUUGAUUUUGAGCUUUUUGGCAUUCAUGUUCCUUUCUUUGUAGACGGUCACAUUUGGAGAAAGAAGUAAACCAACCAAUAGCUUUCUCAUUUCUGAGUAUAUCUGUAAGGACCUGAAGACCUGUAAUGCAGGGUUGGAAGAAACAGAAUUAACAUAAUCUAAGUCUUACCUUAAAGCAUUUAUGAGUUGAAUAAAUGAGUGAAAACUUCAUACAGUUAAUUCCAGCCUACAUCAAAGUAGAUCAGCUGAAUCCGUUCAAAUCUUUUUUGGGAUACCUUUCCUAAGGGAUUUAAGUUCUAGCCGCUUCACUGUCAAAUAUGUAUCUAACAGUUGCAGGAGACAUACUCCUAAUGUUCUUCUAUUUCUUAACUCUUCCGUGUUAUAGGUUUUAGUGAUAUGAUAUCAAAAGUUUUACCAAAAUGUUUGGUUUUGGCUGUGAUCAUGUAAUAUUGUCAUUUAUUUUUUAAUAUUGUUGUAUAUUAUAAGUAUCGGUGAACCCUUGCCUUUUUGUUUGUUUUUAAACUAGAAAACCUGUAAUCAUAAUACCAUGGAUCAACCCAAGGCUUCAUGCAUGUUAUCUAAUAUUGAAAUAGCACUUAGUGAGUUUGCAGGGAAACUUUCUAUGUAAUAUUUAGCUCUCAAAGAUCACUUUUUCCAAGUCUAAUAGCUUC